UCAUUUUACAUCCAGGCCUCGCUCCAUGAACACGAUCUUCACUCAAUGCGAGGUGGCUUCGUCACCUGAGAACAGUGGCCGAGCGAGCAGUCCGUUCCAGCCCGUGUACACGUGCGAAGUGUGCAAGAUCAGCAUGCGGUCAGCCAAGAAGCUCGAAGACCACGUAAACCAUUCGCCGCUUCAUCGAGCGGCAUUGAAUGAAUCCGACAUUGCGUUCAAGGCGGAGCUCAGUGGGCGCUUGUCGAGCGAAGCCGACCGCCCCUGCAGUCCAUGCCGCCAGCGUCUCAUCUACGACGGUACCAAGCUGUUCUGGCGCGUCAACGAAACCCUCGAGCUGCACAUUUACGAAGCUGUAAACGCCAACCUCGUCACCGUUGUCGGGCAAAGCACACAAUUCAAGCAGAAACUACCCCCACUCGCGUUGGACCUGGCGAUUCUGCAAAAGGCGACCGAUGGCGGCGGCGGGAAAUCUGAUGCCGACGCGAACCAAGCGUCGUCGCAACGUGAUGCCAUCGUAAAGUACAUUUUGGCACGCGUCCAAGCGGUCAAAGACGCAAACGACGGAUCGCUGUCUCUGUACCUUCAAAAGCAGAACGGCGAUACAGUUGACCCCACGCGCACAUCCAGCGACCUGCCGACGCAAGUGGUGUCGGACACGGCGCCGCGCCGCCGUCACACGUACGAAGAUGCGUGUGUGGUCCAGAAAGAGGUGCAGAGCCACGCCAAAGCGAUCAAGUCGUCGCGGCAAAAGGCCGAGCGGUGUCACGACAUGGUUCGACUGUCGCUGGAUGCGUUCAUCGACUUGGAAGAGGUGGUGAAGACGCGUCCCAAGGACAAGGGCGAUCACUUGUCAUGGCUUGGGGCGUUCAAUCGCGUGCGGCAGCGCACCGACAUUGAAGUCAUCAAGGCCAAGAUGCAGUCGGGCCAGCAACAUCAUCAUGACCACGUCGUCUCCCCUGGAAAGCACAAGAUGGCGGAGACCACCCCAGAAGACAAAUAACGACAUGAUUUAUGCAUAACUACGUUAUACUAAGUGUUUCAAUCGACUGAAUCUCCCUUCGCC